AUGCAUGGGAAGUCAGUACAUGGACCCUUCUCCGCAUGCGCCGAUACCAAAGUCAAUGAAAGCAAACCCCAUAUUGCUGUGGGCUCUUGGUGGGCAUUGAAGGACUGGGCUGAAUCGUUUGUUGGUUGGUUGGCUGCGAAGGGUCCCAAGGGACCACCUCGAGCAUCUCUCAGUCUUCCAAGAGUUGACAGUCAGGUAGCUGUUGAUGCAACAUCGAGCAUCUUUGAAGGUCACUGUAACUGUGGGGAGACCAAAUUUAUGGUGCUGAUGGAUGGGACCGCUAGCAGGGAAGCGCCAGCCAUGAUCGCUCGAAAUUGA